CUGGAAGUUUUGAGUAUCGAUCAGUAAAAGUGUGUUUAGGGACGUACUAGUAUAAACCAACAAACGCUGCCUCACUCGCUUUCUUCCUUCAGAAAUUUUUUUCUCGUAUUCUGCCAUUUUCCUUUCAUCAGCGUGAGAAUGACAAGCAAACGCCGCAACAGUGGACGCUCCAAGCAUGGCCGUGGCCACGUUAGUGCUGUUCGUUGCACUAACUGUGCCCGUUGUGUCGCCAAGGAUAAGGCCAUCAAGAAAUUUGUUAUUCGUAACAUUGUAGAGGCUGCUGCAGUUCGUGACAUCACUGAUGCCAGUGCUUUUGCCUCAAUUGCUUUGCCCAAGCUGUACGCAAAGCUUCACUACUGUGUUUCCUGUGCUAUCCACUCCAAGGUAGUGCGCAAUCGCUCACGCGAAGACCGUAAGAUCAGGACUCCUCCACCAAGGUUCCCCAACCGACCUGAUAACAGACCAGGACAGGGAAAUAACGCCGUCCAACGUCGUUAAAUUUUCUAAAUGUGGUCAGAUGACUGAAUACAUUGCAUUCUGAUCAUG